CUCACACACUCACAGACACACACUCAGACUGUCCUGAUACUUUCCAAUUGAGCUGGAUUCAGCACUCGGACAUGGCGGCAGAUAUCCACCUGGUUUUCACCAUCCUACAUCUCAGGCAAUGAAUUGUGCUGAAAUGGGAGAAAAUCUGGUCCAGAUCUCGUUGCUAUGAUGUCGGAUUCUGAUGCUGAUCCAGAGGGUGAAACGGAUUGUACCGGUGACUUGAACGUAAUGUGGAUAAAAGUACCCAAAAGCCAGGGAGAGAAACGUACCGAACUUUCAGGAUGAAGUUGCAAUCCACAUUAUUGACGUUUGUCUUACUCUCUGGCUGGUUUUUCCAACUCGUCGGUGGAGACUUGGAGACCUCAGACAAAAACAAUGACCUUGAACACCACAAGGAUGUUCAACUCCACCCUCUCACAGAAGCGACGCAGGACAAGGUGAAUGUGAAUAUCCGGACACCCAGGGACGCACCAGACACAAACAUGGAAACCGUCUGGAACGUUCCAGGUAUGAACCAGGGCAACUAUGAGGAUGCUGACUGGCACCCUUCCACCUCCAUCCAGGAAACUGUCCUGACCCCUGAUGGGGUCAUAAACACUGACGAGACUGAUCCUGACCACGGCUCCAGACAAACUUUGAACCAGACCAUCGACGGUUCGCAGACGCAGUGCGGGGAGUACAGCAGCCAGCUGACGCCCGGCGGCCACUGCCGACUCAAGGCGACGCUGCCGCCCGUUGGGACGACGCAAAAGCGCUGCCCGGACAUGUUCCGUUGCACGGACGACAUCUCCCACUGGCUUCACGAGAACCAGAACAGGAAGGAACAGCUGGAGGAGAUGGGGGAGACCAUGUCGGAGCUGCAGGAGGAGCUGAGGAACCACCGCCAUCGAGUCAAGGCCCUGGAGAUGCAGGGCGAAGACAGUGCAGCUUUAAACUCAACCGUCAAACAGCGACUCCACUUUCUGGAGCUGCGCUACGCGGAGGCCGACACGUUGCUGCACGUGCACGCAGCGCUGCUGUACGAACUGCAGGCGCAGCUCCGGAACCUGUCGGCAUCCGUGCAGCAAGUGAGUCGCAGCACAGGCUGCAAGGUCAACGUCGUCAGGGCGACGCCACCUCUCGGCAUGAGGGACACGCUGCCUCCAGAUGGACAGCACUUGUCUCUCUGUCCGUCAGACUGUGCAUCUCUCUAUCACAACGGUGUUCGUCGUUCCGGUGUUUACACUGUCGUCAUGACACCAGGGAAGACGCUGCCCGUCUACUGCGACAUGGAGACUGAGGGCGGUGGCUGGACGGUGUUUCAGCGUCGGCGCGACGGCUCUGUGAGUUUUAACCGUGGCUGGUCGGAAUACCGCGAUGGCUUCGGAGAGCCCCGGGGAGAACACUGGCUGGGAAACCAACACCUGCACCUGCUCUCCAGCCAGGGCCACCACAGCCUCCGCAUCCACCUGCAGGACUGGAGCCCCGUCCACAGACACGCCCUGUACCAGACCUUCAGUUUAUUGUCGUCCUUAUGCAGGAUAGACAAUGAGGAGAACCGGUACCGCCUCCACGUGUCUGGUUUCAGUGGAACGGUGGAGGAUUCGUUCGGCUGGUAUCAUGACCAACACAGCUUCAGCACACCUGACACCGGAAACAUCUGUGCUGAGAUCAGCCACGCCGGCUGGUGGUUCCACCAGUGUUUCUACGCCAACCUUAACGGCGUCUACUACAAGGGUGGCCGUUACUCGCUGAAAGCUCACAACUUGUUGGGGCCGGAUGGCAUCGUCUGGUUCUCGUGGAAGGAUUCGGACUUCUACUCCCUGAAAGCAGUCACCAUGAUGAUACGGCCGCGCAACUUCAGACCGCGUCCGUCGCCGUAGUGACGGAGGACUGUCAACAAUAACAGUUUGAAGCUCUAACUGCUUCUAAAGAUACUUGCCAAAAGCCCUGAUGCAAUUUACACAUUCCUCUGCUGCUGUAAAUAGUCCCUCACAUGCUACUUUUCCCUUUUUAUGACUGAUUUUAUCAAAAAUGUACAGUGACCAGUUUUUAAGAAAAAA